GCGGGCCGGGAGACGCUCACUGCCCGGCCCGGCCCGGCCCUGCCCGCACCCAUGCCGGCCCCGGGACGGCUCCUGCUCCUCGCCGCCGCGCUGGCCGCGGGCGCGCAGAGGAGCGGCGGCACCGAGCAGCCAGAGCCUGCUCUGUGGUCCUCCAGCAGCGACAUUGUUCAUCCAAUCAAGGUUGACGAGAGCGGAUCCUUUCUGUCCUAUGACUUGUCCCACCGAGCCCUUCACAGAAGGUCUCUUUCCUCCAAGAACAAGUUUCUUGCUUUCUAUGAACUGCAUUACAAAGGACAACCCCUGAAAUUCAACCUGAGCCUUAACAUCAACCUCCUGACCCCUGGGUUUGUCAGUGAGAGGCGGUAUGGGGGAAUUGCUGAUGCCAAGAUCCAGUCUCACACUUACAACUCCUGCCAUAUGAUCGGGGAGGUUCAGAGCCGGACGCUGAAGGGAGGCCUGGCUGCGCUCAGUACGUGUGAUGGGCUGAAAGGUGUGUUUCGGCUCAUGAACGAGGACUAUUUCAUCGAACCAGUAGCCACCAGCUUUCCUGAGGAUGCAGCAGCGCAGCCCCACAGGAUAUAUAAACGGCACGCUCCUGAGCACCUGGGAGAGCAAGACAAGAAGCAGCCAGCAGCAUGGGCAGCCUGUGGCGUGCAAGAAUCUCAGGAAAGCCUAGAGAAGUCUGAGAAGCGGAGGGAAAGAUGGGAACAGAAGCAAUACAGGAAGAGAAGAAUAAAGCAGCGUUCCAUCAGCAAGGAGAAGUGGGUGGAAACGCUCGUGGUGGCAGACACCAAGAUGAUAGAAUACCAUGGGAGUGAGAACAUUGAGAAGUACGUGCUGACUGUGAUGAACAUGGUGGCGGGGCUGUUCCACCAUGCCAGCAUUGGGAACCCCAUCAACAUUGCUAUAGUGCGACUCAUCCUGCUGGAGAAUGAAGAGGAGGAUCUGAAAAUUUCCCAUCAUGCAGACAACACCUUGAAAAGCUUUUGCAAGUGGCAGAAGAGCAUCAAUGUGAAAGGAGAUUCCCAUCCCUUGCAUCAUGAUGUUGCAGUCCUGCUCACAAGGAAGGACCUCUGUGCAGCAAUGAACAGACCCUGCGAGACCCUGGGUCUGUCCCACGUGGCGGGGAUGUGCCAGCCGCACAGGAGCUGCAACAUCAAUGAGGACACAGGGCUGCCCCUGGCCUUCACUGUGGCCCACGAGCUUGGACACAGUUUUGGGAUUCAGCAUGAUGGAAGCAGCAAUGACUGUGAGCCAGUUGGGAAAAGACCUUUCAUCAUGUCUCCACAGCUCCUGUAUGACACAUCCCCACUCACCUGGUCCCGUUGCAGCCGGGAGUACAUCACACGAUUCCUUGACCGGGGCUGGGGGCUGUGCCUGGAUGAUCCCCCUGCUCGGGAGGUGCUGGACUUCCCCCUGGUCCCCCCGGGCGUCCUCUAUGAUGUGAGCCACCAGUGCCGCCUGCAGUAUGGUGCCUACUCCACCUUCUGUGACGACAUGGAUAGUGUCUGCAACACACUGUGGUGCACAGUGGGGACCACGUGCCAUUCCAAGCUGGAUGCUGCUGUGGAUGGGACAACAUGUGGAGAGAACAAGUGGUGCUUCAAUGGCGAGUGUGUGCCCGUGGGUUACCGUCCUGAUGCCAUCGAUGGCAGCUGGGGGCCCUGGAGCUCAUGGGCUGCCUGCUCACGGAGCUGCGGUGCAGGCGUGCAGAGCGCCGAGAGACAGUGCAGCAACCCCACGCCUAAGUAUGGGGGCAGGUACUGCCUGGGAGAACGGAAGCGAUUCCGGAUCUGCAACAUCAAGCCGUGUCCUCCCAACAAGCCGUCCUUCCGCCAGGUCCAGUGCAGCCAGUUCAACCCCAUGCCCUACAAGGGGAAGCUCUACAAGUGGACACCGGUGCCCAACAACAUUAACCCCUGCGAGCUGCACUGCCGCCCGGAGGACGAGUACUUCGCGGAAAAGCUGAGGGAUGCCGUCAUCGAUGGGACCCCGUGCUAUGAGAUGAACUCCAGCCGGGACAUGUGCAUCAACGGCAUCUGCAAGAACGUGGGCUGCGACUAUGAGAUCGACUCCAAUGCAGUGGAAGACCGGUGCGGUGUCUGCCACGGGGAUGGCUCCACCUGCCACACUGUCAAGAAGACAUUUGAGGACAGCGAGGGGCUGGGUUAUGUUGAUAUCGGGAUUAUCCCUGUUGGAGCCCGAGAGAUCCGGAUUGAAGAAGUCGCAGAAGCUGGAAAUUUUCUGGCGCUGAGAAGCGAGGACCCAGAGAAGUAUUUCCUGAAUGGUGGCUGGACCAUCCAGUGGAAUGGAGAUUACAGGGUGGCAGGGACCACUUUCACUUAUGAGAGGACGGGAAACUGGGAGAACCUCACCUCUCCAGGGCCCACCGUGGAACCUGUGUGGAUCCAGCUGUUGUUCCAGGAAACCAACCCCGGCGUGCGCUACCAGUACACCAUCCAGCGGCCAGCUGACAGCGAGAACGAGAUCGAGCAGGCCGAGUUCCUCUGGCGCUUCGGCUCCUGGACCACGUGCACCGCCACAUGCGGCACCGGAGUGCAGAGGCAGAUUGUGCACUGCGUGGAGAAGCUGGCCGGCAUCGUGGAGGAGCGGUACUGUGACACACUGACACGGCCUGACGACCAGCAAAGGACAUGCAAUGAGGAGCCGUGCCCAGCAAGGUGGUGGGUUGGUGAGUGGCAAAAGUGCUCAGCCACGUGUGGGACGUCAGGGUUGAUGAAGAGGACAGUGCUCUGCAUCCAGAGCGUGGGGUUGGACGAGCAGAGAGCCUUGCAGCAAACGGAUUGCCAGCACCUCUCCAAGCCAGAAGCCACCACUCCCUGCCACCGGGAUGUCCCCUGUCCCUCUCAGUGGGCAGUGGGGAACUGGUCAGAGUGCUCAGCAACAUGUGGGAAUGGAACACAAAGACGCCCUGUUUACUGCAGCAAUAAUACUCGAGCAACUUGUGACCCUGCACAAAGACCCAGCUCGGAAACUAUUUGCUCCUUGCCACAGUGCCAGAAGAAAUUAGACAACGCCAACACUGACUGGUCUGGCAGUGGCUCUUCCAGCAGAGAGAUUUUUAAUGAAAUACAUUACAUUCCAAAUAACCAUAUCCCCAAAUUUAACCCCUUAAUUCCAAAUAUCCCAGAGUCCAAUGAUGUCAAUAUCAUAACUGAGGAUGACUUCUCAACCAGAAAGGGAAAUUUCUUUGUUGAUGAUUUUUACUAUGAUUACAAUUUUAUCAACUUUCAUGAGGAUCUGUCAUAUUACCCGUUCACUGAGAAGGAGACCAAAAGCGAGGGCCCUAAGCCAGAGAUGAGCAGCAACCAUGUGGAGGAGUCUCCUGAGACGCCUGUGGAUGUCCUGCACACCAUGAAGCUGGGAGGAGGAGCACAUGAGGAAGAUCUGGUGAAGCCAGGCAAAGCAAAUGCUUCUGCUCCUGUGCACAGUGAAGAGGAGACGGAGUCAGGAGGUUUGGUCUUUAACGACCUAUUUGGUGUGUUCCCUGAGCGUGAAGAAGUGGGGACAGCCGCUCCCAGAGAUGAUGCUCCCAAAGAUGAUGCUCCUGCUCUCACAAGGGAUGAGGGGGAAGAAGUGCCUGUGCCCUGCUCCAAGGAUCCACUGCCCACCCAGCCCGCAGUGAGUCAUGUCUCCACCAGCAGCCUGCUGCUCCCUCGUCUGUCCCUGGGUGCAGCACCGGUGGGCACCAGUCCUGCAUGGGAUGCUCCAGCUCGCAGCCUUGAUUCCUGGGCCCCAGCCAGUCCCUCUGUACCACCAGCCAUUGACAGGGACAGUGCUGGUGCAGCUGGUACACCUGGCAGUGUGCAGCACAUGGGAGAGCCUGCAAGCAGAGUCCAGGACUUUGCUAGCACAGUGGCUCCUGAUAGCACAGGCAGUGCUAAGGAAGGCCAUGGAAACUCAAGGGAAAUGGGAUUUGUCAUCACCAGUGCUAAUAACGGCACUGCCUCCAAGACCAAGGAGCAGGAAGAGUGGGCAGAAAUACCAGCACUGGAGGGGGCUGCACACACACAUGCAGCACCGGAGACCGAAGAGCAGCUGCAUGUGACAGAUAGUGUGGCUCCGAACUCCCCCACUGCACAGAGCCUGCAGCAGGAGAUGGGAGGGCAUGCGGAAGGUCCCAGUGUGAGCCCCCAUCCUGCAGAUGCUACCACUGGCCCUGGAGGGGAGGCAGGGCAGCAGCCAGGGUACCACAGCCCUCUGUCUCUGACGUUGGCCCCCUUAGUGGCCACCACAACAUCGCUGCCACCAGUGCCCGUGUCCCCCACCAUGUCGGGACUGCCCACCCAGCUCACUGCCAGCGGCCUCACCCCACAAAGUGCCCUGGUGCCAGCCAUUCCAGCAUCCCCAGCUCACAGCCCUGCCACGAGAGCAUCACCCUCCAAGCCCCCAACAGUGUGGGGCGGCGAAUGGGGACCAAGGGAAACACAGGUGCCGCACCACGCGGUGCCAGCAUCCCCCGGCACCCACCAGCGCUCCAGCUCCAGCAUGGCCCCAGUUGGCCACACUGCUCCCGAGGAGCACUCACCACCAGCAGCCCCAAGGACACUUGUUUAUGGUGCUGGGGAGCAUGAGGGACCCCAGCCCACCCCCACACCCCUACCAUUCUGGGAGCAAGAAGAGGAUUUGCUGCUGCCUUCCACCACCAUAGCAGCCACUGCGAUGCCCAGCUGGGAGGUUGGCAACUGGAGCGAGUGCUCGGCCACCUGUGGUGUGGGUGCCAUCUGGCGCAGCGUGCGCUGCAGCACCGGCACCGAGCAGCACUGCAGCGCCGCCAGCAAACCCGUCCCCGCUCGGAGGUGCUCCCUGAGACCCUGCUCGUCCUGGCGCGUGGGGAACUGGAGCAAGUGCUCCAAGAACUGUGGCGGGGGCACGAAGGUUCGGGACGUGCACUGCGUCGACACCAGAGAGCAGCGGCUGCUGCGGCCCUUCCACUGCCAGGCUGUCCUCUACAAACCACCAGAGCAGGUGCCCUGCCAGAACACACCGUGCCUGGACUGGUACACGUCCUCGUGGAGAGAGUGCUCGGAGCCGUGUGGUGGAGGGGAGCAGGAGCGCCUGGUGACAUGCCCAGAGCUGGGCCACUGCGAUGAGACACUGCGGCCCAACAACACUCGGCCCUGCAACACCCACCCCUGCACCAAAUGGGUGGUGGGCUCCUGGGGACAGUGCUCGGUGCUCUGUGGAGGGGGCAUCCAGCGGCGCCAGGUGAAGUGCAUCGACACGCAGACCGGGCAGGCACAGGAGGACAGCAGCCUCUGCGACCACGAGCCAUGGCCUGAGAGCACACAGAAGUGCAACCCUCAGAACUGCAAGGGCACCGAGGCAGGGCUAACCAUAACAGCGAAGCAAAACCAGUGAUCCGCGUGUGACACCACAGCCAGUCCAGGCAGCACACAUUGAAAUGCAGGUGUUCGUUGAAAGGAUCCUGUAAGUUCUCCCUGAAUUACAUGCAUUUCAGUACAUGAUAGGUGAAGCAUUUACGUGUAAGGCAGCUAGCUGGUCUAACUCAGUGCCAUGAUGCAAGCACUGUGCUGCCCUUUCCAUCACCCAGUGCUGCACCGUUCUGGGGGCUGCAGCUGCGCUGGGCAUCAUUUCUUCCCAGAACUCACCCCAGUUCUCUGUAGUCACGAUUCUCUUUUCUCCUUAGCACAUCUGACAAUGCUUACUCAUUUUCCUGGCGCUGUUUGUGCCCCGGUGCCACCAGGAAAGGUGUGGCCUCUUGGUUUCCAUCACCAUGCUCGAUGAGCUCAGUGCUGCUCUGUCACUGGCAGUCACUGCAGGCGCAGCACAUGGCGGUCACACGCUGCCAGCAUUGUGCCAGGACAAUUCACAGCGGCGGUGCUGGGUGCUGCUCACACCACUGACCACACGUGGGCCUUGGUCCGGGCAGCGUUCCCCUCCCAGCCUCCCAAAGAGCCCUUGCUAUUAAUAGCCCAUGCACAAGGAAAGCCCGAAGCAAUGCUUUUUGUUGCAGAUACAGGAUAUGUGGUUACCAGGAUGCAUUCAAUUUGUCAUUGUAAGAUACUUUUGGUUCAUUACUUCAGAAAGACCCCAUUGAAGACCAACUCUGCAAAACACGUAUGCUUCAUUUGCCACACAGUAAAGGCGGGUUUCCCACUAAUUGUGAACCUUCCCAACGUGGGACUCUUAGGUCUCGCUGACCUUUGCCUGCUCAGUUUUACUUGGCCCAUGUGAAAAAUACUGGAUUUCUCUGCUAAGUUGUCAGGGGCUGCAGGGAAUUUUGUUCUUGCAGCCAGUUCACCUCCCCACGCCGGGUUAAUGUAACGGGUGCUGCGGGGUGGGCUUAGGGCAGGAACGCACAUUUAUACAAAUCUAGGCAAGUUUAAUCACAGCAGCAACUGGUACUGAGGCAAUGCAAAGCUAGAAAAUGUCUCCUGUUCCAAAUGAAUUGGUCUUCAUGUUUGGUGCCACUGAAGAUUUCAGUGUAUGUGGUGUAGACGAUGCCAUCCUCUGCCCCCAGCACAGGCUGACUGCGGGCUGCUGGCAUCUCUGCUCGUGUGCAGCUAUUCACAUCUGUGUGUAAACACAUAGGGUUACAUACAGAUACGCAUCUCUGCUUUGCACAGCUGCAGGCCUCCCCAGCAGCAGGCUGACCUCGGGCCGCCUGAGCACACCCGAUGUGGGCUCGGAGCAGACACUCCUAAGUAGUUUUUUCCUAUAUUUUCCACAGAGGAAAUAGAACAAACAAUAUAUUUUUUAAAGAGGGUUUCAGCAAAGUUUCCUGACAUCUAUUGUAAACAUCAGCUGCUAAUUACCAAGCAGGGAAAGAAUUGCUCACAGGUUUUACUUGCCAUUUUUUGGAAUAUCGCACCCUGAGCUCAGAGAAGGAUUUGGAACAAGGGAAAACCAUCACAUCGCACAGCUUCGUUCUUGAGAAUCUGUUGAUGAAAUGAAUCUGAAAAGUGAUUCUGUCCUGAAGGCAGUCAGCCCUGGAGUGCAGCCUUGAAGUGAUUUGCUCAGGAGCUGGCUGAGCAGUGCGAGGCGCACCGGCAGCUCCAACCCAAACAGGAAUUUGAGUUCAUCUCACGUUCAGUGCGAAGCUCCUCAGCCAGGCCUCUUCAGCCACAAAGCAAUCGUUAAACCUCGCCUGCUGUUUUCAUUAUGAUUACAGAAAUACUGACUUAAAUGAGAUUUUUCCUCCCAGAUUUUACUAUUUCACAUCCAGUCUGCAGCUGCAGUCCCUCUUUAAACCGCCCUGAUACCCACAAGACUGAACGUCCUUAAUGCCAAGGGACUUUGGUUGCUGUUUUCAAGGCCAGUUGUAAAUACAAAACCUGUUUCUCUGCAGGCUUUCUGUUGAUGGUUAUGAAGACUUUUACUUAUAAACAGCCAAUCUCGCUGCAUGCAGAGCGCUGGCACCAGGGCACUGCCACAGCUGCUGUGCCCUCACUUGGAGGAGGCAGCAGCCCCUACAGGCAGUGCUGGUGUGGGACACGUGCCAGGGAGGUCACCCCAAAACCGCUGCCCUCUCCUUCCAACCUCUGGGGGAAAGAGGAUGGACAGGCUGAAACCCUGCUCUGCUCAUGUUUUGCUGUUGCUUCUAUUUAUUUGUUGUGAGCUCCUGAAGCCUCUCUGAGAAAAGCCAGAAGUUCUUGGCUUCAGAUUAGAUAUCAGACUUUGUGUUCCCCCACCCCGUCACCUCCCCACAUUUCCAGAGCUGGAGACAGGAAGGAACCGAAAGCUCAUUAAUUGGGAAGCAGCAGGAAUUCUAUGGAGCAAGUUCUUUGUCAUUUAAUAACAAUAACACUUAAAGCAGUUCCGCAUCUCAAGAAGGCGUCAGGCCGUCCUGUCAGUGCACCUGUGUUCUGCAGGCUCUCAGUUCCCCCCAGGUCCUUCUGUGUCUGGACCAGAUGAUCUCAGCUGCAGUAUUUUAAUCCCCAGAUAGUCAGGAGGUCACCAGUCCUCCAGCGCAGCACCAGCUGCCAGCCAGCGAGGCCAUCCUGCGGGUGACUGAGCACAGGAGGAGGCCAAGCAGGAGGCAGCAAGGCCCGGAUGGAGCAGGAACAGCUCACAGCAUUGUUUUUUCUCACUCUUGUUCCGCUGCAAUUUCAUUACCUGAGCAAAGGUAUAUUAGUCCAGUUUCUAAGGGCCUGUUUAUGGGAGCUCACUGCUUCAUCUUCUACCAAUACCAGUAGGUCUUGCCCACGUACUUGUCCCCAGGCCCUCGGGGCAGCUCCUGACACACGUGCACCUCCAGCAGCAUGAGUGCACUGGUGUGCAGCAAAACCCUGCAGGCAUACAGCAAGGCUGCUGAGAAAAAUGACACUACUGAAAUUACGUUUUGCCACAGGUACGCUCGCUGGCCUAGCCAGCCCUCAGCUGAGUGUCAUUAACACCAACAAAUUCCUAUGUAAGGCUUUGGAAACAACUGGUGCUCAGUUCUGAAGACCUCCCCCAGGCAGGGCAGGAAUUUUGUCCUCCCGUGAAGUAAAGGUGUUUGGAAGAAACCAGCUCCCAAACUCCGUCAAUCACUGUGGCUGCGCAGAAAUUCACCACCACAACUGGAACUCCAGGUGGCUCCUGCUUCUGGGGGUACCUCUGAAACCAGGUCAGCUCCCUCGGGAAGCAGCGGGGCUUUGCUGGGCUCCUCCAGAGGCACACGCCAGCAGGGCAGGCAGAGCGUUAUGCUCUGAAAUAUUUUCACUUUCACUGGCUUGUUCCCAUUAGCAGCACGGGGCUGCAGGCUGCAGCUGGGUGCCAAGCAUGUGUGUGCAGUAACACAUCACCUGUUGCCCUCGGGCUCUUAAUGCCAUUUAUGUGCAAAUCUCACACGUUUAUCUGAUUACAGUCCAGAAGCUGUUUAUUUAAAUUAAAGGUUAUUUGAAACAGGUUGGGACUCUGAAAGCAUGACCUGGAGCAUUUUUGCAUUGGAUCAGGAAAUGAAGUCAGAUAACCCUCCUGGGAUUAAAUUUCCAGAGAAAUAAAGCGAAUCAUUGCCAUUUCCCUCCCUGAGAAAAGCCUUCUCCUCUUCCCAGGGUAUUUCGGGUCUUUGUGAUGGAUACAUUUACAUUUUGAAGGAUACACUUACAUUUAAAUCAGCAUGAAGCUGGUGAAAUUGCAGCAGAAAGUACCCUGGCGAAGGCCAUUGACUUUUGGAGGAGGCUUUGCUCACAGUUGUGCAGUGCUAAGCGUGCUGGGUGCAGGCAGAGCUCUGCCUCCUCACCCACUGAAAAUCUGCUUAGCAGAGGCUUCUUCUGGGACGUGUCAUUCACAUCAAUGCUGAUCUAUCGAACAGCUGUCUCUGGACAGUGGCACAAUUGGGUACAGAACAGAAAGAGCAGUUACAUGUUUCAAGGCCGCAAUUAAUUACUUAUCAGAAAAUAAUAAACCAGCAGCAACAGCCAUCAAAGCAGUGCCAGCUGUAGCUUUGCCACAGAGGUUCCAUCGAACCUACCCAGUCAGCUGUGGUGGAAGGAGCCCCUCGCAUCCAAACAGCUCCAGUAUCAGAAGCAAUUCAGCUUCUGAACUUCAAAUUCAUUUCUGGGAGGGACACAACACCUGCAGCGGGCUGAGCCACAGACAGAAACACCCCAAAUGUGGGUCAGACAAGUCCAGAUCUGCUUUCACAUUCACUCUUCUCAGAUACCUCUCUCACCACAAACAUAGAAGAGAUUUGAGGUGGGUUUUUGUUGUUUUUUUCCCUUGAGUCUCACACAAGGAGAACUGCCCUCUUCCAUCUAGCUCCCAGAGUAGCAGCAGGAAAGAUCAAAUGCUGAGGUUUCGGCGUGGCAGGAGACAAAGAGAGAAAACGCAUGUGUGCUAUUUCGGGAUGUUUGGUGGCAACAAGCAAGUGUCCUCAAGGGACAGAGGUUUUCUGAGAAAGUUUCUACUUAAAUGCAAAAAAUGUAAAAUGUGCAAUUAGAAGAUAAAGAGCUGUCUCUGAGGGACAGCUCCCCGGUCUCUAACGGCAGCUUUAAACCGGUGUAACCUGGGACUCUGAUAAAGAAAAUUAUCUUUGUCCUCACGUACUUACAUCUGGGGCCGUGUAAAGCAGCCCACAAAAAGCAAGGACGGGCAGCAAGUAUCAGCCCUGGAGCUGGGACGUCCCCCUCCCUGGUGCUCUCAGCCCCAGCUGCUGGUGGCUGGGCUUCCCUGCCAGGCAAGACCUGACUUUAAGGAAGGAACGAAGAAAGGAGAAUGAAAAACAGAGGCAACACAAGCACAGGGUGUUGCAAAGCUCCCAGUCACUGAGAGCUUCUCUCAGUGCUCCCCCUCGUGGGAAGACACUUCCAGAACACUUCUGCCUGUCUGUUUCCUUCUCUCCAGGAACUAUUAAUAGUUAAAUCCUUUGCUUUUGUUUUUCUCCUUUUGAAAAGGAGCAAAAUGACAGAUUCGUUCUAUUUAAUAAAACGAAGUCAGCAUAAUUGUACAAAAAAAAAUAAAACAAAGUCAGCUUUAAUUGUACAAGGGCAAUUUCUAUGCGAAGAAUUACUCUGUUCAGCUGACUUUGUGCAGGCUUGCAGACAUUGCCUUGAAGCCAUUGCAGAUAGGAUGCGUGACAGCAAGUCUUACCGAGAAACAAAUGAAAGCAAGGCUGCAAGGAGCACUACAAACACCACGGUGCAUCGUGGUUUAACCACUCUGAAACUCCUGGACAAAGGCUAGGCUGCUGCAGAUGGCAAUUAACUCAGCAGAAUGCAUCCUUUAUGAAUUAAAGACUGUUAACUACUUUACUUUCUUUUCUAUUUGGACACGUUUGAAGUGUUCACUGUGUGCCGCGGUGCUGCUCAUCCUUCCUAGGGCAUCCUGAAUGAUUUAGGAGAGCUCUGAAAUGGCACAUUGCCCCCUGCUGUCUUUUUCUAAGAGUCUAAAAUAGGGCCCCAGUCUUAGCGGGAGCCUGCAGGCACCGUCAUACUAAAAUAAUUAACCAACAAGCUUCCCUUGUUGUCAGCUGUUACUGGAGAUACUCAAAGCAAGCUCGCUGCUCGCCGCUGAAUGUUCCCCGCAGGAGCUCUCAAUGAGCUGCGUGGAUGCUGCUGUCCGCUCUGCUGGGAGAUUGCUUUUGGCGCUGUAUUGAUUAAGUCUAAAACUGUGAUGUACAAAUUCUCAGUGAACAAACACCCGAUGUCCAAAAAUGCUUCCAGAGGAAACAAAAUACAUUCUCACGGCACCCAAGUGCUUGCAGAAGGAAGCGCCUUUUCUUUGUGGCCGUUUGCUGACAAAGCGUUUCAUCAUCUCACCACGUUAGCGCAUCAGAGGAAGCCUCAGACCUUCCAAGAGAGCCACAGCACACACUUCACAUGUCAUUCUUUCACGGGAAAGCAUCUCCCUCUGCUCUUCAUCUGUAAACUUAAUUUACAGGAGAUGCCGCCAUCUCAUGAGCCUACUGAAAAAACAAAAACCAACCACCACAAAACCUUGUGAACUGCAUCUUUCUGGAUACGUUGUGGCAGACUACUCCAGCUGGAGCCUAAACACACACACUGUUGACUUUGGCCGAAGUGGGACUUUGGCACUGGCAGCAGGGAGAUUGCAGGCUCUUGCUGGCACAGCUGUGACGUUUGUCAGAACGUAGUUCUACAAAGAGAAUGUUUUCUCCACCGUUCAUAACAUGCAGCCUCGCUGGAACCCACUCAGUGAUUCAUGCCUUCAGGAGAGCUUUAUGGGGCUUGUUAUUGCAAUGGUUACAAAUCCCUGACAUCUCAGCAGAUGUUGCACCCAACUCCAAGGAUUUCUCCUGUCUCAUCAAACACGAGCCUGCUACAGUAAUCACAGUUCCACUUGGGAAGGGCUCCUCGAAUCUCUCUCCAACCACUGCUGGGCACGGCUGCUUUGCGCUGCCCAGGUGACGUCCCAGGACCCGGGAAUGGUUUGCCAGGAGCCAGCAGGCAGCCCGCACGGCUGUAGCCUCUCUGACUGCACACACGCUCAGCACUGGGGCCCUCCUGUGGCGGAUCCUGAACGUCACUUCUGAGAGGACAGCUGAGUGAGAAACAGCCACCUAAUUCUUCAGGGAAAGUAAAUUCAUGGUCAAAUCCACAGCUGCAGUAGGAAACAAACCCUAGGGAAUUUCUCCAGAGAGAAAACGUGUGACGGCUGACAUUAUGGAUGCCCCAGAUCAGAUUAGUGAGGGAGCAGCAAGAAGAAACAGAACUGUGGGGACCACAGGCUGCGGGAUUCUUCCCGUGCUGCAGGUAAGCUGCAAGGAACAGCAGGAUCAAACUGGCAACACACCGUCCACAGGAGAACAUUACCCUCAAGGUAACUGUAAAUCAGAGCCUCCAGAACCAGAAACGUGUACUUACAGAAAUAAAAAAUACAAAUAUUUAGCAAAAACAGCAUCUCACUAAAGAUCCAUCUUGCUCUAGUCCAAUCGCUU